AUGCAGGAGGAGACAGUUGAAUUCAAGAUGGAUGUUUCUGAUGAAAGCAUCAAACGGGAAGCUAUGAAAAUUGUCUGGAUGUUUUCAGGAGUUACUUUGGUAGACAUCAAGGAAAAAGGUAUAUUAAAGGUGAAGGGAAAAUUUGAUAAGAUUGACAUGGGGAGCAAACUACAUGAGAAAGAUAAAUCUGUUGACAUAAUCAACCCAAAUGGAAACCGGGGGCAAUAUCGCAUUCCGGGUUAUACUACAGUCUACAAUUAUCUAACCACUCCAAAAAUACAGGAGAUAGUUGUAUUCAAGUUUAACGUUCUUGAUGAAAAAAUCAAACGUGAUGUUAUGGAAGUUAUCUGGGAGUUUUCAGGAAUUACUUCGGUAGAGUUGAAGAGAGAUCAUCAACUAGAGGUGAAGGGAGGAGAAUUUAAUAAAGUCGCAAUGUCGACAAAGCUAAAGCGCAUAGAUGAAUCUGUUAGCCUUAUCAUCAACUAUACGCGAACAAAGAAAUUGGGCUUUAGUUUAUACGAUCUAUAUCGAUGAGAAUCUGAGCAACACAAGUAUUUGAGCAAAAAUAUAUAUGACUCCAUUUUAUUUUCUGAUGUUUUAAUUUUCUUGGGAAUUCUUUUCCACCUC